UAUCCGAUCCGAAUAAACCCCAGCAGCGGGCACUUAUCGCCGAGACUAAGACGCCAAAUUUGUGGAGCCGAGGCGAAACCUCAAGGUUCCGGUUUUAUGAUGAUCAAGUGAGACAUCUCGAGUACGAUGGCCCGGAGUGCAAUUAAUUUUUAUUUGACAGAAUAUUAUACAGUGUAUGGCGAGAGGGAAACUCAAACCACUGCCCAUUAAUAGCAGUAGGCCCAUUCUUAUCAGGAUCCUUACCCGGCCGUGGACAAUAAUCUGAUCAGCAUAACAUAUACACAAAUGGCCGUCUCCAUAAUAGUUUACACUUCCUCAUCUCAGGUGCCCAUAUAUCUGCCUCUGAAUUCCCACUAUUCGACCAUCUCAACCCAGCGCUACCGUGGCAUGUCGUAUAUUGUAUAUGCUGUACCGUCGGCCGGCGUUCCAAGCGCUCAAACGACGUGCUCUGGAACCAUAAUGUUUCUUUAUUGGCGACCGAACUGCAAAGCAUCAGAUAUGGGUUCACUUGACAUUGAUGUCAAGUACUCUCUACUGCAACUAAACAUCACGCCCUUAUCUGCCCCUUCCUAUGUCGUUCCCGUUGAUCGAGCAUCUGGCCUUCGGUUUCUGGCCCGUGGAAUCUGGUUGCAUAGAGGCUUGUUGACUCUCACAAACAUAUUGUAAGCCUGGGUGUGAAGUGGUAUGCGCAUAUCCCUUUCUAGAAGUUUAUCCAUUCUUAUGCAUCGAUAUUCAUGACGCUUCGAAGAGGUAGCCCAAGCCGCACAUUGACAUAAUACCAUCUUCCGGAGGAAUCAUGUAGAUCUUUGUGAUUGCAUAGAGUCCGAGUAGAACGAGUGGUUCGAGAGCUGUGAGAGCGUAGCUGAAGUUCACCAAUGUGGUUAUGAAGAUAAGGAGGUUGAGAAUGAGGGAUCCGAAGUUGCUGAGUGCCAUGGACGGACGCUGAAGCGCAAGAACUGUAUUAAUAAGACUCCGCAGCCGGUUUCCCUGGUAUAUAGGGAUAAAUGAGCUAUUGACGACCCCAGAGGCAGCCCAGAUGCAGGUUUCGGAUCUUGGAGGUGGAAUUGAAAUGAGUUAUUACAGUACGUGUAGAUCCAACGUUAGGCCAGAAAUGACAGCGGUGACCGACGGCAAAUAAACGAUCGCCCGCAACAACUCUCCCAGAACCUCAAAACGUUUUGGAGAUUUUAUGUAUGCGAAUAACAUUUAACUGUAUGACCUAUUAAUUCCGUUUGACCUGGUUUUGCACUGUGCAUAUUGUAUCUCUUGCUUUUCAUGCCUGUCCUGUUAUAAACAUCUCACGCCCCUCUUGCCAGCAGUGAUAGAGAGUCUUCCCUGGACGAGGGGUCACAAUGAGGAGGUGUCGAUAUGCCCGACGUUUUUUUAAAACUUGAGAGUCUCAAGUUAUCAUGUUCAGAAGAAAGGAUAAAGCUUCUCGUCACAUCCUCGGCCACCCUCCGGGCUCAAGAUGAGCGAUUUCGUCGGGUGCUUUCUGGUGAGCUCCUAAACUUGAUGGAGAGUGGGAAGGUCUGUAUCAGCCGUGGACCAGGCUGCGACCUUGGAUUCGGGUUUUCAUUCAAGAACUUACAAUCAAAUGGGCCUGCUGAGAAAGCUCUGGUUGAAGAGCUUGGCCGAUUUGUUCUUGGAGCACCCUGGUGGGAACAACUCCCAGUUUCUCCUUCUCUCAACUCUCCUUCUUCAAGUUGCCCUGAUGUGGGACCAACGUUUUCUAUCAAGUUACAUGACACUUUACCAAGUCUACAUUCAAAUGGGCAUCCAAAUCCAGAAGAGUCUCCAAUCGCCGAUCUACAUGUCCCGGAAUGCGUUCCAGACAUGAGGCUUGUGGGAAUCAAGUUCUUCUUUACCUUUGAGCCUACACGCGAUACUCCACUGCCAAUACUCAUAAAGCAAACUGCAACAGAAGAUGACAUGCUUUUCGAAGAUGGCUGCGAGAGUGAUCCAGACCUCUUUGAAGAUAUUAUGGACUUGGAAGUAUUUGAUUCUUCAACGCCUCGCCACGAAGCUCUAUUUGAUACCAGCUCCGUGUUGGAUGGCAUGACAUGGGAGGAUCACAGUUUUGUCGAAGACCAAUACUAUGCUGAUGGAUGCGAUAAUAUGUUGCUAUACCGAACUGAUCACAGCAGUGUUCAUCUGCCAACUCCCGAAGCAUCUAUGACUUUCAAUAGCCAACAGGACACAAGCAUGCUUGAUUCCAUGGAACCCCAUUCUUUGAACAACCUCACUACCAAACCCUCGCUAAAGUUGACAACAGCAAAACAACUCACUGAUGUGGCACUCAGAACAUUGUUCGGUGGUCGGCAGACAAAAUUUACGCCCAGUAUCAAGGUCCGCAAACCACGUCCGAAACGCCCUCUAUCGAGCAUUAUGCCUCUGUUAUGGAGUCCAAGUUUCAAAAAUGCCAUGUCCGAACGCUCUGCCUUCCUAAACACCAUCUCCAGCAUCCUCUCCUCCCUCCCUAAAACUAGCCAACUCCCAAGCCUCCAAAAGAAACUUUCCAUAAUCCACGAAAACCCCCCAGCCAGGUCCGCCGAAACCCGCCCUCCGCGGCUGAGCGAAACGAUCCAAGCCCAUGUGUUCCGAAUGAUGCAGACCACCCUCUACGAACCGAUCGCAAGCCGUCGUCUUCGACCCAGUGUUAUUGAGGAAAGUGGGGAGGAGGAAGCGAGAAGCGGGCUGCCUAGUCGGGAUUGUGAGAAUAGUGGAUCGGCGCAAGUUGACAUUGGAAAUACGUCGGACGAUGUGGUGGAUGUGGUGGAUGCGGAUGAGGGAUUUGAGGAUUUGUUUGGCGAAGAGCUGUUGUCGGAUGGGGAGAUGGAUAUGCUCUUUGAUCUUGAGAUUCUGCGGAACCGCGGAGAGAGGGGGAGUUGCAGCAUGCUUUUUGGGAGUGGAGAGGGGGACUCCAGUAUGCUUAUGGUGGGCGAGGAAGUGCACGAAGAUGCAACCCGAGAAAUUGGAGAAGAGGACAGCAUACUUUCAACUGAACAGGACCAACGGAACGAUGGUGGCGAGCAUAUCUUAUACGAGCGCGAAUUCUGGGACUCAAGCAUUGUGGUGGAAGAGCUGGAGGAAGAUGCACGGAUGAUAAUGGACACCGAACCUGGCACGGUCCAUGGCUAUAGCUCAAUGUAUUUAGACGAUCCGUAUAUAAAUAAUGAAGCAAUCCUCAUUUGA